AUUGUAAACAAAAAACAUUUUCGGAUUUUGGAUUAUCAUUUUUAUCAUCACCGUCUAUCUUUUCAGCUUGCUUAAAAAAUUUGUAAUUGUAACGCUCAAACUGCUGUGCUCAAUUAAAACUGUAAUCGGUGAUGGAAUUAUAAUUUGCACAAGUUCGAAGUGUUUCGAUGGAUUCUAGUAUGAUGAAGUGGUUCAUAAUCGUACCUUUGAUUGGUGGCGUUUUUGCCAGCGAUUAUUACGUGAACAUCAUCGACGAUGGACCAGUGGUUGUUGGAGCAAAUAUCACAUUUAGCGCCCGUCUGUAUCUAAAAGGAGGUAAAGAGCCGGAAGGAACUUACAAAUUCAAGUGGAAGGAUAACGCUGAAAAGCAACAACAUCACGGCGAGUAUGUUAGUAACAACUCUCAGUCUAAUUGGACCGUAUCUUAUUCGCCCGAUAAAAUCAAGGCUGGCUCGCAUCAAGUAGAAGUUGAAGUGUUUUCCACCCUUUUCAUCAUCGAUUGGUCAUUGUGUUCUCGAAGAAAAUCAUUCGAAUUGACGAGCUAUUUAAACGGCGAAAUGACUUUGAAACAAAAUGGAACGUCUUCUACUUCGGAUUACAUUUCUAACGCUACCGAAGUGAAACAUCAUAUUACUCUUCACCAACCGGACGCAAAUUAUAUAGCUGACACCGACGUCACUACGCAUUGGUACCUGGAUUGCAAGUAUAUCGGAAAAACGAACGAUAUGGCGUUGGUUUACAAUUAUACGACGAGCGAUGUUACGCAUACCAUCGUCGCCAUAAUCAUCGCUUCGCACGAUUCGAAUAAUACGAGUACAAAUUACACGCGCGCUACUACCACCUCGAAUACGGAAUCUUCGACCGAGUUAAUUUUGAUGAAUUCGACAAAUGCGAACGACGCGAAAUCGAAUAAUACCGAAUUCGCGUAUUUGACCGUAAACGAGGGCGUCGUAGACAAUUCGACCGUGCCGUCUAUAGAUUUCAAUUGCUCGAGUAAUACAUUUUCGCCGCUCGAUAACCGCAGCACUUACGGUUUAUUUUCUCGUCAAGUAAAGGUAAAAGCUCCCAUUUCAAAUUUCAAAGUGGAAGGCAAUAAUUGGUUGCAGCAUGGCGAUUUGUUGAACUUACAAGUUUGGUGCAACGGUUCGGCUCCUUUCAGUUAUUGCGUGCAAUUUCAUAUUGGUAAUUAUUCGAUUAGCGGUAACGAAAGUUGCUCGACGAGGAAAAAAUACCUGAGUGCCUGUAAUUUCGAAAUUCCUCGAUAUUUCGGGAAUUCGACCAACUACACGGUCGUUAUUAUUGUAGAAAAUGACGUACAGAAAGUCGUCAGAGGGGUUAACGUGAAUGUCUACGAAGUGACUAAGCACCCCCAAAUAUCUGUCAUAAUUGUUCCUGUGGCCGCGGCUAUCGUGGCAAUCAUUUUAAUCAUAUUUGGAGUAGCGUUUUACGUGCAGAGCAGGCACAGGUACAUCGUGGAAGUAGCAGAUUUUGAUUUUUCCAAUGCCAGCGAUAUGGAGUAUAAAACGUUCCGCGAAAGGUUAGUGGAAGCGGUCAGCAACGCGUUUAAUAAGACCGAAGAUUUUUCGGAACAGGACAGCACCAAUGCCGCGCCAGCUAGUAAAAAAUACGGUAGCAUGCAAUGAAAUUCGCGUUAUGCAUCGCGAAAACCGACCGCUGUUCGAUGUUGAAAUCUCUAAUUUCGCGAUGCAUUCAGAUUUGCCUACACGUCGCAUCUAAUUACCUAAUUAGGCCCGCGUGUCUUUGGCAUUUCUCCCAAGUCUUCUUUUUUUCCCAUUUUUAUCCCUAAAUAUCGAAACUGCAAUAACGAAUUUCUCAUUUCGAAAUUCUUUUACUUCUAGUGGUUGAUCCAUUUUAACUAAUAUAAACGAAUUAUCAACAUCCGCGUUCAUUUUCCAAACAUCUAUAGUCGUUCGUACGAUUUUACGCAUUUUUUUUUUUUUCUUCAUAAAAACGAAUGAUCAUCUGCAGGAGCGGGUCUUCUGGGUUGGUAACUUUUAACUAUGUAAGGCCGGUCAUAUCGAUUUGAAUGCUAAAAUUAAUCUGAAUUUCAAGUUUGCGUAUAUUUUCGAAUUUCGAAUAUAAAUCCGAAGUGGUAAGUGUAUUCCCGUGAUGAGUUUUUUUUUGUUUUUUUUUGUUUUCGUUUUCCAUGUAAUCCGUGUUAUUUAUUUAUUUUUUAUUAAUUUUUUCUUUUUUCAAUUUAUGUAAUUAUUUUGAAAUGUGCUAUAAGUUACCGUUAUUACGUUACGGAUAUUAUUAUGUGAUUCUAGUUGGCUUUAAGCUUUUUACAUCUCUGGUGGUUUUUUGUUUUUAAAGUUUUGCUAAUUCAUACUGUAUUUUAAUCGUACACUCGAAUGUUGAGAAUUACGUCAAUUUUUUAAUAGAAAGAGCAAAACGAGAGGUAUCGUUUUAGGAUACUCUGCCUUUUGUAUUAGCUUUUUAGACGUAAUUUUUUAAUGUUUUCAUCUUGCAUUUUAUUUUUUAUUAAUGUUUUCUUUAAGGAAAUUUUUACGUGUAUUUUAUAAGUAUGUACUGUGUAUAUGUGUGUAGGUAUGUAGCGUAGGUACCAUUUAAAUAAUUAUGUACAAAAUAUUCAUCGCAUUUUAUAACUAAGUUAAUUCUUGAAAAAAAAGGAUAAAAAUCUUUUAAAAAUGCAUAGUGCGGCUUUAGUGCGUACGAUGAAAUAAAAAUUUUAAAUUUGA